AUGGAGAAACCCUCAAAAUCAGGCCGUAAUGAGUGUCUACCAUCAACGGGACCUUUGUAUACUAUUCUGCCCUCAGCCGACCUUGCCUUGACUGGGAGGUAUCCCCCAAAGGCAUUCAAAAGCAUUGAAAGGCUCAAGGAAACAAUAAAAGCCACCUUUAUUACACUUGAAGAGCACGAUAUUGAUCAAUACCUGUCUCUAGGAUCUGUGUCUGAACAGAAUUUGCAACACCUGGUCAAGGACCGCCAGGAGCUAUGUUAUCCAGUCAGGUUUACAUACUUCCCAGAUAUUGAAACACUCAUUGUCAAACUCGCCAUACAAAGGCAGAACGUGGCUCGCAUGGCAUUCAGGCGAGAGAUCACCUCCCAGUUAAGGAUCAUGAGUCUCGACAUCGAGGAGCGUCCUGGCCUAUGGCCGUCCAUGCACGUUGGCCCUACUGGUUCCGUGAAAGAAGCUGACGAUAGUUGGUCUCAUCCCUUAGUAGAGCCUAGGAAUAAGGAUUGGCCAAGGAUCGUCAUUGAGAGUGCGGUAGCAGAAUCGAUCCCCAGACUCCGUCAAGGUGCCUCCUGGUGGAUAAAUAACUCUAACGGGCAAGUGAGAAUCGUGAUCUUGAUCAGUGUGCACAAAGAAAGUAAGCGUAUAGUAUUCGAAAAGUAUUUCCCAAAGCCCAGUGUUUCUUCCAACACCGGAACGCAACUUGGGACAGCUUAUAUCCCAGACUUGAUUUCAACUACUGAAGUGUGCUAUGGAGAUGACCCUCCAGAUGUCCGAGGCCCUUCAGUCACGCUGGAGUUCCAGCGCUUAGUGGGUAGAAAACCGCUAUUGUCUGAGAAAGAUGUCAUUCUGUGGCCAGAGCUGCUCUUGGGAAUCGCUGAAGACAUCUUUGAAUAUGACGGCUUUCCCCCGCUCAGACUGGCACGGUACAGCGCUCCCCAUAUGUUAACCUCUCAUCUGAAUAGUGGAGGCGCCCAUACUCCUAAUGCUCGUUGGCCAUAG